AUGGAGAAAGGUACAGGUUCGCCAACGGCUGUCGAGGGCUCCGUAUCAUCGAUUGAUGGCGGACUAUGGCAACGCCUUCACGACAAGGUGAAGCUCGAGGUCGACGAGAGCACCUUUGCUCCUGAAGGGACGCGCUGGAGCAAUAAAGACCUGGAUCCGGUGCCUCCAGAGUUCCAGACCUGGCGAACUUACAACUUCCUCACCUACUGGAUUGCUGAUGCUUUCUCGAUCUCGAACUGGCGCAUCGGCGCUUCACUCAUAGCUAUCGGCCUGUCCUGGAAGUUAGCCCUUGCGGCUGUGGCAAUCGGAAACCUUGUGACGGCCUUCGUCGUCACGUUCAACGGCUUCAUCGGCGCCCGGUUGCAUAUCCCGUACACCAUCCAAGCAAGAUCGGCGUUCGGCUUCUACUUCUCAUACGUGAUGGUAGUCUUCCGCGUAAUCAUUAGCAUAUUCUGGUACGGUAUUGGCACUUACACCGGCGCCGAGUGCGUCCAAACUAUCAUCUACGCCUGGGCACCGAGCUUUCGCAACGUACCGAACCAACUGCCAGAGUCGGCCAACAUCGACACCGGGUUCAUGAUCUGCUACUUCAUCUACUGGCUCCUCGUCUUGCCGUUCCACUAUAUCCCGGCACACAAGCUCCACUGGUUCUUCACCUUCAAGGCCAUCGUGAGUCCCAUCGCCGGUUUUGCGAUCAUGGGAUGGGUCAUAUCCGAGACGGGCGGCGGCGAUCGGGUCUUCUCGUACGGCAAUGAGCUGUCAGGCGCAAAGCUGGGAUGGGCGUUCAUGAGCGGCGUCAAUGCUAUGAUUGGCAAUUUCGCCACGCUUGGGGUCAAUAUGAACGACUUCGCCCGGUACUCGAAGAAACCGAAUAGUCCAUGGGUUCAGCUUCUGGUCAUACCAACUGUCUUUAUCAUCAUGAUGCUCUUCGGAAUCAUCGGAGCCAAUGGAUCGCGAAUACUGUAUGGUGAAGUUCUCUGGGACCCAAUGACGAUCGUCAACCACUGGACAUCGCCGGGUGGGCGAGCUGCGGCUUUCUUCGUGGCGGUUGCGUUCCUCAUUGCCAACAUCGGUAUCAACAUCUCAGCAAACAGUAUAUCCGUGGCAGUUGAUCUGACGACAUUGUUCCCGAAGUACCUGAACCUGCGCAGAGCUCAGUACGUGUGCGCCAUACUGGGCGCUUGGGCAAUGACACCCUGGAAUAUCCUCAAGUCGGCGGAAUCGCUCCUCACCUUCAUGGACGGUUACUCGAUCUGGCUGGCGCCAAUCUCGGGCAUCCUCAUUACAGACUACUGGUUCGUGAACAAGCAGCGAGUAAGUGUACCCGACAUGUACCGACCAGACGGGAUAUACGCGUACGAGAAAUGGGGCACAAACUGGCGAGCGGCGGUGGCGUUCGUGGUCGCCUUCACCCCGUUGCUGCCGGGGUUCGCGAAGGCGGUCACACCGAGCAUAGAGGUUUCGGAUGGAGCUUCGAACAUCUAUGCGAUCGGGUAUUUCUUCGCGUUUCUUUCCAGCUCGGUCAUCUACUACAGCCUGAGCAGGAUCUUUCCGCCAAGGAGUGAGCACAGCAGGCGGACAAUCAAGGAGUACCUGGAAGAGGCCAACAUGGAGUCGCGACUCUGA